GGAGUCAGGGAGGAGGGACGCGGCGGCACGGGCGCUCGGGGACCCAUUUACAGCUGCCGAGGUUUACGCCAAACUUUCAUUCAUAACUGCGAGACAGUGAUCAUAGAAGUGAGAAACGCUGCGUGUGCCAAAGCAAGAUGAGGAUCCUGUUCGUAUUACUAGCCAGCUCCUGCGGCUUCGCACACGCGGUUAACAGCGCGGCCGAGGCCAAGGUGCGGGACCUGCUGGACGCCUACCACGCGCGCGCGCAGGUCCUCUACAACAUGAACACGCGCAAGGCCUGGGCCUACUCCACCAACAUCACCGACCACAACAGCAAAGAAGCGGCCGACGCACAACUGGAGGUGACGAGGUACCAGGCGGAGGUGUAUGACGAGGCGCAGAAGUACCGAGGGGCGCAGCUGUCGCCAGAGACCAGUAGGCUGCUCAGAAUGGCGUUCCAGGCCCAGCUGGAGGAGGAAGACGCCAAGGCGCAGACCAUAGCAUAACUCGAGCAACA